GACGGGAAUACAACAUGGCGCGCUGAGGGAACGGCUCGGCGACCCGCAGGCGAGCGCAGGAUGAACAAAUAUAAACCAGUUUGUAAGAUAGGAGCGGGAACGUUUUCUGAUGUCCUGAAGAUGUUGAGUCUUAGAGAUGGAAAGUACUAUGCAUGUAAAUGCAUGAAACAACAUUUUAAAAGUAUUGAACAAGUGAAUAAUCUGAGUGAAAUACAAGCCCUGAGGAGGUUGAGUCCACAUCCUAAUAUCCUUACGUUACAUGAAAUUGUUUUUGAUAAAAAAGCUGGCUGCCUUUCACUGAUAUGUGAACUUAUGGAUAUGAAUAUUUAUGAGCUGAUAAAAGGACGGAGAAAGCCAUUAUCUGAGAAAAAAAUAAAGAACUACAUGUACCAGUUAUGCAAAUCUCUUGAUCACAUACAUAGAAAUGGGAUAUUUCACAGAGAUGUGAAACCAGAAAACAUAUUAAUAAAGCAGAAUACCCUGAAGUUAGCUGAUUUUGGAUCUUGUAGGACGAUAUAUUCUAAGCAGCCAUACACAGAAUAUAUCUCCACACGCUGGUACCGAGCACCUGAAUGCUUGCUUACAAACGGCUACUAUAGCUACAAAAUGGAUGUAUGGAGUGCUGGCUGUGUUUUCUAUGAAAUCACAAGUUUUCAGCCUCUCUUUCCUGGAUCUAAUGAUCUAGACCAGAUUUCAAAAAUCCAUGAUGUGAUAGGCACUCCUGCCAACAGAACUCUCAACAAGUUCAAGCAGUCAACAAUUUUGAAUUUUCAUUUCCCUUUUAAAAAAGGAAAAGGGAUACCUCCUCCAGUGCACAAUUUAUCUGCUAGAGGAUUAACUCUCCUGUACGCAAUGAUAACAUACGAUCCUGAUGAGAGAAUUGCUGCCCAUCAAGCAUUGCAGCAUCCUUAUUUUCAGGAGCUCUGGGCAGCUGAUACACAGGCGUUGGCCACGCACAAAAAAGUAAGAUUACUAGAAAAUACAGGAGGGCAAGUGCCUCUGCAUUUGUGGCAAAUUUCAAAGGGAAGUCAAGGAGAGCAUUCUCUUAGGAAAGCCCAGGAUAAAGCAAAACGUCAGCAUGGAUUUCCUUGUGGAGAGCUACCACUGUUAAGACCUUCUGGAGCAGCUAACUUGCCUUCCCUUCCUACACCUACUUCGCAGUCAGUUUUUCCUGCAGCUAAGAAAAGUGGUGCAACCUCUGUGCUGCAGUCUGUUAGAUUUAUUGGAUCCAAUAUGGAGGUACAGAUUCUCACUUGCUCGUUAAAGUAUAACAAUAGGUUUUAUGGAGCAUAUUUUAAACUUCUGUUGUUUCUUCAACAGUCUGAGAAACAGAAGACCCUUAAGUCUUCCCUAAAACAUUACCACUUACCUGCUAUAGAACGAAGAGGAGAAGGUUACUGGCCAUUUUAAGGUAUUGAGAGUGUGAAGAAAAACAAGAGUAUGCAGUGAUCACUGUUAGAGAUCCAACAAGAACAACAGUGCUUUAUUUUGUGUUUUUCUGACAACUGUCAGAAACCUCCCAGAGCUAUAAAAGGCUGCUCACCUAAUGCUUUGGUGUUCUGCUACCGAAGAUGAUCGAUGUUUAAUUAAACACUCUGCACUGGACUUUCUAAAUAUAUAUAUUUUUUCCUUUUAGAACCCGACAGAAGAAGGAAUUGGUUAAAAAUAACGAGAGGAUUUGAUGAGGUUCAGUAUUAGGAAUGGAACGUUGCCCACAGAAUACAGGGUUUCAUAUUAGAUAAUAAAUGACUGCUAACUUCUGGAAAGUAUUUACUUCCUGUAUUCAAUGACUUCAACCUCAAGCUUUACCGAGAACUUGCAGAUUAUACAAACAUAUGUUUGAUUUUGAUCAAGUUAGCAUAACUGGUCAACAUUUUUAUAUACCCACCAGUUAAAAGGGUAAGCAACUUUUUAUCUGAUUCAAGAGCAAGCCAGCUAAGACUCUGCUCACAUACUUGUCUUAGCGGAGGAACUGCAGUCCAACAGUAGAACAGAGAAAAGGGAGACUCGAACUGCAGAAUGCAACGGCACAGGUAGGUGCUGUUUCUCUUUUUAGUUGAAAGUCGUACUGAGGAAGGUCAUCUUCCUCCUACUUCUAAGUAGAAAAUAAUUCCUAACCACGAUUAUAUCAGAAGUGAGUGUGAAUACGUGAAGACACGGUGACCAGCUGAGUUAUACUGUCCUGCUGCUGAUAGUCAUCUUUGUGUUGAAACCAAACAGGUGGAGAGCUUGAGCGGUAAUAAGGCAAUCCAAUAUUUGUUUGAAUUUCUAGCAUUGGUUUAUAUUAAAAAAAAUAAUAAAUUAAAAGGUGUGAUGCUAAGCUUAGGAAACGGAAUGAAGGACUGCAGCUCUACAGGCAACAAAGUACAAGCAGUAACCUCCAACGUUUUACAUUUUCUGCUCUGAGCUUAUCCGGUGGUUUGUGCUUUUUUUCCUCAAGAGCAGAUGGUGAAAAAAGGUGCUCCGACUUUGUAUAUCACAGCAAUUUUCUCUCACAUCAGUAUUUGAGGCUGUUGGCCUGUUAGAGUAAAAAAAAAGCAAUUCAGCAGAUUGCUUUUGCUAUGAAAAUUGGGUAUUUCAUAUGAAGCACCACUGUGGAAUGUUUUCUUCAUUUAUUUUAAGCUUUCAGGUGGAUCUUGCACAUUUGGGCACAUACAGCGCUUCAUGGACGUUUAUUUAAUAGCAAGUUCCUUACUAUUCUUCUGGAAACCAAAUAUAGUUCUCUGACUGUUGGACUGGUGGGCAAACUUGAGUUUUCCCACUUGCUUUCUAGUUAAAACACAUUCAACUUUAAAAUAUAAAUUGGCAAGCAAUCCUUCCAGCUAAAGUUCUGCAUUGAGACCAUCUCUUUCAUUAUUUAAUUUGCUUUAACCUACAGCUAUUUUUUCCUACCAUGUUAAGAGCUGUGCUUUUUAUAGAACUCUACAUUAUUUCCAGGUAAGUUGUUUUCUUUUUCUUCCUAAAAUCAGUUUUCCCAUAGUGAAGAAAGGAUGGGGGGUGGAGGGCUUCCAGGUGAUUGCCCAGUGGUAGAGAUACUGCAAAAAACCAGAAGCACACACGGACUCCUUCUUUGCUAUUCAACUAUGAUUUGUAGCAGGACGUGCUCUGCAAACAGGUAUGUAAGUAGCUGCUGUUAUUACCCUGAUGUUGGAUGCUAUGAUCCUUAUGGUACUGUUGUUGGUUUUUUUUUUCCUACAGCAGGUAAAUUACAAAAAGUCCUUUAAAGGCCUUUAUUACAUCUUUUCCUCAGCUGUUUCACUUUGACUCAAACAGUAUGAAGCACUCAUACAAAGAACUCUCCAGGGAGGUAACUGCAUUAGUUUUUAGUGACAAGGUUUAUCUGUAUUUUAACAGCUAAACCCAAUACGUUAAUAAAACAGAACUUCUGAACAAUAAUGCUGCUCAGUUUCAGUAUUUUCCCCAUUCCUUCUAUUUUAGAAAACCCCAAGUAUAUUAGAGUUGUAAAGUACAGUUCUGUCUUUAAGUGAUGUAGACAAUCCAAAUGCCAGUUUAUAAAUACAGCUGGCACUUCUUUAUGUGCCAGCUGCAUGACGAGAAUAAGAGAUGUAGUUACAAGCAGCUAUGCAGUUGUUUCUCUCCAGGUUUUCAUUCAUCUCCCGCCUAAAGGUGCCUAAUGGUUACUUGCAAUUAAAAGCAUUCCAACCCAGCUACGUGGCUGGGAGCAGGACAGGCAGUUGGUUGCUGAAUUACGGCCUCAUGCACAGCUCCUGCCUACUGUCAGGCACGCUGCACUCUCAGGCUUGUGGCCUCAGCUCUGCUCUGCUGACCCAAUGCCCAUCUGCAAGACUGGCCAAGAGGCUGCGUGUUUCUGCUCAGCACUGAGAGAUGCCAGGGAUGUGGGUCAUUGCUGGGGCUUGGGAUGAAACAGCAGCUCUCUUUUUUUCAAUCUUUGCAAGAAAUGCCAAAAAACAGUUGAAAUGUUCUGUUGCCAGUGACUUAAAUUUGUGUUGAGACAAGCAGCAUUAAAGUGUACAUAUGCGUGAGGUGCAUUUCCAUAAUAGUUAUCAAUUUAAAACUGUUGAAUUGUAAACGAGAUGCCUCUAAGAGGGAACAACAAGUUGUCUCAAAACCAUGUCUUCUGCAUGCUGACAUCAUUUUAAGUUUGCCAGGUCAGAAGGUGGCUGUGUCUGCUCCCGCUGGAUUAUUCACUUCUAACCUCCCAGACAAACAGGCAGCAUUACGGGAUUACAGAAUCCUCACCCCACAAAGCUGUCUGCGAGAUUUCCGCUGCCUGAUGUGCUUUGAGAUCAACCAUGAAGAAUGAGAACGGACCAAAGUUACUUCGUUUUCCUAGUCAAAAUUCAACUAUAUUAAACAUGAAGCAAUGUUCCAGCUCCUGCAGAAACUGGUAGCAAGUGCUGAAAUGCAGUGCGGUGCCUGAUUCCCCAGCGACUACAACCAGCUCUGGAACACAUAAGUUCCAAGACCAGGCACACAGAUUCUCUCAGCCCUGGGUUCAUCUUCCACGCUGUGCAUAUUCCCUGCAACCAAAGCCCACACAGCUGGCACACGAGCAGCCCUUGUUCUAAAUGAUUCCUGCAUCUGUGAGCAGGCAGGGCACAGGGACACCAAACUGCAGAGAACGUUAUGAUCGAUGCGUGUACACAUCCUAAAACUCAGCAAGUAUCUUCUUCAAACAUGACCAAGUUACAGCAAUGCAAUUGCUAUCCCAACAUUCACUUCUGUGCCACUGGUCAGUGUUGCGAGUUCCUCUGAACACUUAGUCUUCCAAAAUCAUCUCAGACCACGGAUGUUCAUACAAGGAAAGCAAGAAGGUCAGGGCUUCAGGUGUGAAAGUUUUAUAGAGGAAAGUAAGAAUUUAAGAAUUCCAGGUAGGUCCUGAGUAGCAAGAAAGAUUCAAUGGAGCUCUGCCACAACAAAGCAGCUUUAGGAAGUCUUGUUUAGAAAAGCAUGCGACAGCUCCCAAAAGUUUUGGUACAAAAACUACCAUGUCAGACUGCGAUCUGUAAUACAAAGGCUGUGGGACUGCAAUAUUUCAACUGACAUUCUCCAGGAAAAAGGUUGUAACAACCUCAAAGUUCCCGUGUGGAAACAAAGGAUGAAGGGAUCAGAGCACAGCGCUUUCUGUGGUGAAACCACCCAGCCUGGGCAGGCGGGUGCUGAAGCAUGGAACAAAACCUGCAGCACCUCGUUAGAGCAACAGAAACACUGCUGCUUAAUAGCUGUGACAGAAAAAGUGAAUAAUGGAGAUAACACAGCUUCAGAUCCGCUGCGCCGAAGAGCACAUAGCGCACAUCAGCUUAGCUUAAGAACAAACAGACCGUACUCAGCAUGCAACACAGACAAAUCAAGAGAUUGUUCAGAAAAGUUUUGAAAAUAAAUGCAGUCUUUUAUUAGCACUGUUAUUCUGUCAGCACGUGAUGUUGGCAGGGGGCGAGAAACAGAGCAGUUACGAAACUCAAGUCAGGAAUUGGAUAGGACCACCUUCGUCAGAACCUCAGAGAGAGCCCCAAGGAGGUGCUGCAUCAUUGCUGUUCCACUGGGCCUCUUUGGCAGAGGGCUGGGUUGUUUUUCUGCCAUCAGCAACGUGGGAGCAUCACACGUGCAGUCUCAGGGCACGCUGCCACACCACAUUGAUCCACACGUUCUCUGGCUUCCCGAAACACACAGCGCUUUGUGUAUUCAGUAAAAACUUUGAAGGCAUCAAUAGGGUUGCAUGGGAAUAAAAAGUGUAACAAACGCAAUCAAAAUGACCAUUUCCAUCCAAAUGCACAAUGCUCAGCCCUGUGGUCUGCUCAGAAAGCCCUGCAGAGGCCAGCCCUCGCGAUUCCUGAGAUGGCAGGGAGUUGUUUUUAAGAUCUGUUUUUUUUCCUCAAUUACACGAAACACAGUUUCCUAAUAGAAACUCUGUGAAUAGUGUGAAAGAUCAGGAUGAGACAGCUGAUGGGAAAAACACAUCAGGAAGACACAGCUAAUCAGAAUAAAAGCUAUCAAUAGCUACAGAGUUGAUAUUUUCUUUAUGUAAAUUAGAACAGCGCUAAUUGGAGCCAAAGGUGUCACUGAUGUAGACAGCAAACUGCACAUUUGGACACAUGGUCAAGUCACCGUAAAGCUGCUGCCUAUGUGUGAAUGCACAGCUCUGUUACUGGAUGCUAACAGCAGCGACUGGGGAACUCGCUGGAUGGCAGAGCUCUGCACAAUUCUGCUUUGCUUGGAAAUUGAAAAGUAGGUGAAAAAAGCAGCGAAGCAAACAGUCGAGUGCAAAUACAACCAAUGUAAAACUUUCCGGACGCACAGAGGCCAACAGGUCCCACAGUACACGUCACUAAUUUGCAAUUAGGCCAGCAACAAACAAUAGCGGAGUUAACGAACACCCAUGCAAAAAUGCCAUUGAUCUGUUCUGUCAUUGCUGCUAUUGCCAAUAUAUGAAAUAAUAAUUACUGGCAGAGCAUUGCGCACACAUUUCUUGUUCAAAACUGUGAUAUUCAGAGUCACCUGAAACAAAAAGUCGUCCAGACUGAGCGCUUCACUUGACAAAAGUCCCACGGCCUAAUCCCGCGUUGGAGCAAUAAUAUGCUCCAACAAAAUGAGAUUUUUCACAUCUGUUUAAAAUCCUGCAGUCAAAUCAGCUGAAUUGGAUUAAGAUUAGUGUGAACAAAUGGCCAACAGAUUCUUAUACAGAUGAGUCAGCAUUUAUUAGCUUAAAUCACUGAACUGCAUAUAUUUACUAAAUCAGAUACUUUUUAGUAAAUCAGUCUCUGACAGAGUCAAAAUUUAUCACUGAAGAAGGUUAAAGAAGUUCCAAGGCAGUGCUUGCUGAACAGUAACAAAACCUGCUACAGAGAAACAUUCUGUAUGGAAUUCAGCUAUCAGUUUGGCUCUGCCCUCCUAUCUUUACAAUCUGUAUACUGUAGAGUUCUAAAUGUUAUUUGCACUUGGUUGGCUUUGUUUUAUUCUAGUAGCGUUAUAGAAAAGUAUAACUUGAACCAUUUGGCAGAUCAGAUCUCCUGAAAGCAUGUAGUAGCAACACUUGCCCUUCACUUCUCCAUAUCCAAAGGAAUUUUUCUUGUAACAGAGAUGCAUCACCAUUUUGCUUGCCAUCAAUGAAAAGCUGUUAGAAGACUAGCAAAAAAUCUUGCCUGUGUAGCAGUACAAGGUAUGGUUACCUCAAGACUAGUUUUUGAAUGGCAAAUGGAAGAAUUUUUGCUUCUUUCCUGUUGGAGAAGAGUAAGGUGCAACUAAGCAUCACGGAAAGCACAGAAUGCUUUUGCCAGCAGAAACCUGAUUUCACUCAGUCAAUAAGAACUGCAGCUUCAUUCAGGCAGCGACGGCUCACAUGGCCAGAACACUUCUCUCUCCAGCCUCUCCAAACUAUAAAAAGCCAGUUAAGGUUUUAACUUUCUAGAUUAGAAAAUAACGCAAUUGAAAUAAACCAGGAGAAAAACUGGGGGAGAAUCAGAUGACUGAAGGGAAGCUCAUCUUGGUUAGUUGUAGAAUAAACAUGAUCUCAGCAUGACAAGAGAUGAAACAAAGGAAGAAGCACCUACCUAACAUCCAACUUGAAAAACAGAAAAUAAUGUGACCAAGCAAGUUAUUUCCUUGACAAGUUUGUGCAACGUCAUUAAAUAAAGGAAGGUGUCUUCUCGCUUGCAUGUUCCAAGUCAUCUUUUGUUAUCUUCUGUGACUGCAGACCUUGUGAAGUUGGUUUGGUUUCACACACUGACGGUAGAGAACUGGUUUGAACAACCUGUUCUUGCAUCACAUGAUGUAAUUGGCCCACGUCAGCUUUCGGGACUGAUUUAUUUGACUGAUUUAUUUUGUUUUUCCAUUGGCCUCUGUUCUUAAAUACACACAUUAUACACAAA